AAUAAAUUAGGGUUGAGAGGCGUUGAAGAUGGGGGAGCCACAAGAUGGAGAGAUGAAGAGAGGAUCAAAAAGAUCAAAAGGAGCUUCGUUACAUGUGGAUCUAAUCUGGGAGGUACUCUUACGACUGCCUUCAAAAUCUAUAGUGCAGUCUCGGUGCAUGUCGAAGCUCUUCUCUUCCUUAACCACCCAGCCAGAUUUUAUUAGGUCCUUCGCAGCUAGAUCAAGUCCCUGUCUUCUCAUCUUGUUCGAAGUGGAAAGCAAGCUCUUCGUUUUCUCCUUAUCACAACAACAACAACAGAACAAGAACCCUGCUGUGGCUCAUGUGGUUGACAGAAGUUAUUCAAUGCUUUGUCCAGAUAGGUAUUUCUUUUUUAAUAGUGAGUCAGUCCAUGGCUUGAUCUGCGUUGAGAAAUCAGGAAACCCUCAAAUUUGGAACCCAACUACGAGGCGCUUCUCAACAUUACCCAUUCCCGCACGUAGCUGGAGAGAGGGCUCGGUGAGCUUUUUGGGAUACGACCCGGUUGACUCUACAUACAAAGUACUGUCUUUGCCUUGUGGUGAACGUCGUCCUCGUCAGCCUCAGCCUCGGGCUCUUACACUUGGAGGAAACGGUCUAUGGAGAGUCAUCCAAGGUGUCCCUGAACAUGUCCCUUUCCGCCAUGGAGCCCUAUGUGUUAAUGGGGUUCUGUAUUAUUUAGCCGCUCCCACUAGACCUGAACAUUAUACUAAUCAGUCUCUGGCCUGCUUCCAUGUCAGAUCUGAAAAGUUGAGUAUGAUUAAAGUACCAUGGAAUCUGACUUCUGGUUUUCGCUCCCUUGUACAUUGUGGGAAUAAGUUAACUUGUGUUAUUUCCCUAGGGGAUGAUAUUAAUAUGUGGACCCUAGAGGAUGCAGAGAAACACGAGUGGUCCCACAGACAUGUUUGUUUACCUUUUCCUCGCCAUAAUCCAGUAACCAAAACCCGGUUUACCUUAAAAGGUGUUAAUGGUGCUGGUGAGUUUAUGUAUGUACCAAGAGCUUUGGCGAAUCCAUUCCAUAUUAUAUAUUUUGAUCCAAAGGGAAACAGCUUCAGAAGAUGCGUGGUUGAUGGAGUUGCGGAUGACCAGUACAGGCGCCAGAAUGGUUUGUGGGAUGGACCUCUCAGGACCACCUCUGCUUAUUCCAAUCAUGUGGAAACUCUCAUGGCAUUGCGCAACAAGGAGAGGCUGCUAUGGAGGCAAAUCUAGCUGAACCUGGCUAUUCCCUCCAGCUUUCAUCACCCGUUCCUAUUGGCUACGUGGGUACCACCUCUUCUAUUUGGUGUGUGUGGAUGUUUUUUGCAUUUGCAGGAGUGUGGUUGCUAGUACUUUGCAGCUUGUUAUGUUUAAGUGCUUAUUGUAAUGUCUUGCGGGUUUCUCAUCCUAUUUGUUUAACCAUAUUUGUUCUUUUGUAGUGCUUAUGUUUAACCAUAUUUAUUCUUGUUUAACCUAAGAGAUUACAAAAUGUCCUACCAAUAAUCACUACUUUACUUAA